CAGUAAAGGGAAGUGUCACUUAUUCUGCACAAGUGCUCAGAAACUGUUUCGGUGCUGUUGUCCGGUUAUUUGUCAAGGGUUUUUAUUUUUCAUCCCCAAUGAAGAAAGCUGUGCUGUUUGGCUUGUGGGGCAGUGUAGUGUCUCCUCACCCUUUCCAGCCUUUUCUCAAAUUCAAAUCAAAUAUUCAGAGGGAUUCUAUAUCGAACACGAGUGACAGAGGAGGCAGUGAGAAUGCACUGGUUCGUGCGGAACGGGGGAUCAUCACCCUUUCUCAGAUGUUUGCAGAGCAGGAAUCUGAAUGUGAAAAGGAGGCAGCCAGUCAGGUCCCAUCUCUGUCUGCCCCAUUCUCAGCCCAGAAACUAUAUGAUGAGAUGAAGAAGGUGGAGAUUAACAAGAAUGUGCUUGAUACUGCUGUCACACUCCAGAGAAAUGGCAUAAAAACUGGUGUCGUGGCCAAUAUCUGGGUUGAUGACUCUUCUCAGAGGGACAACGUUGCUCAGAUUCUCUCAGUGCUGGAAAGCUGCUUCGAUGUGGUAGUAUGCUCUUGCUACAAUGGGUCAAGGCUUCCUGAACCUGCAAUAUUCCACACCGCCUUGGAUAAGUUGAAUGUGAAACCUGACCAGGCUAUCUGGUUGGAUGUUAGUGAGGAGAGUGUUCAGGCAGCUGAAGGCUUGGGCAUGACAGCUGUUCAGAUUACUGACAUUAAGGAAGCACUGAUGGAAAUAGAGAAACUUACAGAGAUAAAGGUUACCAGUGAGCAACAGCCUCUCAGCUGUAAUCCUGAAGAGAUCAACCAUGGAUAUGUCACUAUUAAGCCUGGGAUGAAGAUUCAUUUUGUGGAGAUGGGGGAUGGGCCUCCAGUCCUGCUCUGUCAUGGAUUCCCAGAAAGCUGGUUUAGCUGGAGAUACCAGAUUCCUGCUUUGGCUAAUGCUGGAUUCAGGGCUAUUGCUAUAGACAUAAAAGGUUUUGGUGACUCGACUGCUCCAGCAGAUAUUGAAGAGUAUUCUCAGGAAAAUAUUUUACAGGAGCUGGUGAUCUUUCUGGAUAAGUUGGGCCUUACUCAGGUUACUCUGGUGGGUCAUGACUGGGGUGGUGUGUUUGCAUGGAACAUGGCUCUGUAUUACCCAGAGAGACUGAGGGCUGUGGCUUCUCUCAACACACCCCUCUUCCCUGUGGAUCCAGACAAAAAUCCAAUGUUGACACUUCAGUCUAUACCACUCUUUGAAUAUCAGAUCUACUUCCAGGAGACUGGCGUAGCGGAGGCUGAGCUGGAGAAGGACCUGGAAAGAACUUUCAAACUGCUGUUCACUGCUAGUUAUGAGACAGAUACACAUCCUCAAGUGGAAACCACUGGGAUCAUUAAGAGAGGUGGUCUGUUUGUUGGACUGCCAGAAGUUGUUCCCAGAAGUGCUAUUCUGACUGAGGCAGAGCUGCAGUACUACAUCCAGCAGUACAGGAAGAGUGGCUUCAGGGGUCCUCUGAAUUUGUAUCGGAACGUAGAGAAGAACUGGCGCUGGAUGUGUUCAAGGCCAAGGGGCAAGAUCCUGAUGCCAGCUUUGAUGGUGACUACAGGGAAGGAUAAGGUGCUUCUGGAGAGUUUUUCCAUUGGCAUGGAGAAAACAAUUCCCAAUUUAUCAAGGGCUCAUCUGGAGAACUGUGGACACUGGACCCAGAUGGAGAGACCGGCUGAGACCAACAAAAUUCUGAUCUCCUGGCUGAAAGAGAUACACCAGAAAAACAACAUACCUUUUUUCCCGAAGCUAUAAGUUUAUUAUAAAAUCUUUGCUAAGGAAUGCAUGCUUAGAGGCUGGGAACUUCCACCUAGGAAUUUUUAAAAUGCUUUUCACUGUACUGUGCCUUACAUACUGUAGUUGUUACAUAUUAUAUUCCUAAAAUUUGCAUUAGUGCUCUACAAUACAUUCUUUAUUAAAAGCUUUAUACAUAACAAAACAAUCAAAAAACUGUAUAUUUGUAACAAACAGCAUUUUCAGUUUUGUGUGAACUCCUCUGGGAAUACACACACAUCACAUUCCUGUUAAACCCAAAAGCAUUAGUCCUGUUCCAUCCUUAAAUCAUAGCCAGUAAUCAACCUAUUUAAAGCUUCCACUGUUGUCAGGAGUGGAAAUGAGACAUGAGCUGUCAUUUCCGUAGGCAUAGCUUUGAUUAGACAGUCAUGGAAACGGGCUCCUAAGAACACAGUGCAGGUCUCUUUGUUAAGGGACGCUGAUUAGUGUGACCUGAGCUUGCCCCUCUUAAUCAAGUGAGGAUAAUUAGAAAAGGGCCAAAGGAAGCACUAGUCUCUCUUGAAAAAUAGACACAGUUUAACACAUUAAAGGAAGUAGCUUGGGGUUGAAGAUUUAUGUAAUUUAAGCACAAUCAUGGUUACUUUCAAUAAUAUUACUAACUUGGGUAAUAAUGCUGAGUAGGUCUUUAACUGCACAUGGACAGGAAAUGCAGUUGUGUGUGGUUUAAAAAUUAAAACACUGGUACUUAAUUAACUAAAUUUGUAUAAUAAGAAAAGUAUGGUCAGUUUACAAGUAUUUAUUCUCAUUUAUUUCCCAAUUUUGAACUGUAGCUAUAGUCCCCUCCAAGAGUAGUGAAAUGGCCAGUUCUUUUAUUUUUGUUAUACACUGAAGACAUUUGGGUUUGAGAUUUAAAAAAAAAAAGAGAGAGAGAGAGAGACAAUAGGUCAGAAUUUCAGUUUUCAUUUCUUGAUCUUUAUAUCUUGAUGUGUUAAAUGACUAAGAGCAAAGCAACUUUUGUUUGAACUCACCCAUUUUUCAAGUGAUCAAAAAUCUUGGAAUAUGUGCAUGACAAAGGCUGGCCCUGUUUGAUUGAUCGCUCAAACAAUUAAUAACCGAGCUUCGUACAGACAUCGUACAGUCAAAUCCUUGAAAAAUCAGGUUGAUGCAUUACCAUAUUCUCUUAAGUAUGGGGCUCUGCUGUGCAUGCGAGGAGCUCUGCUAUUACAACCCCGAUUCCAAAAAAGUUGGGACAAAGUGCAAAUUGUAAAUAAAAAUGGAAUGCAAUAACUUACAAAUCUCAAAAACUGAUAUUGUAUUCACAGUAGAACAUAGACAACAUAUCAAAUGUCGAAAGUGAGACAUUUUGAAAUUUCAUGCCAAAUAUUGUCUCAUUUGAAAUUUCAUGACAGCAACACAUCUCAAAAAAGUUGGGGCAGGGGCAAUAAGAGGCUGGAAAAGUUAAAGGUACAAAAAAGGAACAGCUGGAGGACCAAAUUGCAACUCGUUAGGUCAAUUGGCAAUAGGUCAUUAACAUGACUGGGUAUAAAAAAGAGCAUCUUGGAGUGGCAGCAGCUCUCAGAAGUAAAGAUGGGAAGAGGAUCACCAAUCCCCCUAAUUCUGCACCGACAAAUAGUGGAGCAAUAUCAGAAAGGAGUUCGACAGUGUAAAAUUGCAAAGAGUUUGAACAUAUCAUCAUCUACAGUGCAUAAUAUCAUCAAAAGAUUCAGAGAAUCUGGAAGAAUCUCUGUGCGUAAGGGUCAAGGCCAGAAAACCAUACUGGAUGCUCGUGAUCUUCGGGCCCUUAGACAGCACUGCAUCACAUACAGGCAUGCUUCUGUAUUGGAAAUCACAAAAUGGGCUCAGAAAUAUUUCCAGAGAACAUUAUCUGUGAACACAAUUCACCAUGCCAUCCGCUGUUGCCAGCUAAAACUCUAUAGUUCAAAGAAGAAGCCGUAUCUAAACAUGAUCCAGAAGCGCAGACGUCUUCUCUGGGCCAAGGCUCAUUUAAAAUGGACUGUGGCAAAGUGGAAAACUAUUCUGUGGUCAGACGAAUCAAAAUUUGAAGUUCUUUAUGGAAAUCAGGGACGCCGUGUCAUUCGGACUAAAGCGGAGAAGGACGACCCAAGUUGUUAUCAGCGCUCAGUUCAGAAGCCUGCAUCUCUGAUGGUAUGGGGUUGCAUUAGUGUGUGUGGCAUGGGCAGCUUACACAUCUGGAAAGACACCAUCAAUGCUGAAAGGUAUAUCCAGGUUCUAGAGUGACAUAUGCUCCCAUCCAGACAACGUCUCUUUCAGGGAAGACCUUGCAUUUUCCAACAUGACCAUGCCAAACCACAUACUGCAUCAAUUACAGCAUCAUGGCUGCAUAGAAGAAGGGUCUGGGUACUGAACUGGCCAGCCUGCAGUCCAGAUCUUUCACCCAUAGAAAACAUUUGGCGCAUCGUAAAAUGGAAGAUAUGACAAAAAAGACCUAAGACAGUUGAGCAACUAGAAUCCUACAUUAGACAAGAAUGGGUUAACAUUCCUAUCCCUAAACUUGAGCAACUUGUCUCCUCAGUCCCCAGACGUUUACAGACUGUUGUAAAGAGAAAAGGGGAUGUCUCAUAGUGGUAAACAUGGCCUUGUCCCAACUUUUUUGAGAUGUGUUGUUGUCAUGAAAUUUAAAAUCACCUAAUUUUUCUCUUUAAAUGAUACAUUUUCUCAGUUUAAACAUUUGAUAUGUAAUCUAUGUUCUAUUCUGAAUAAAAUAUGGAAUUUUGAAACUUCCACAUCAUUGCAUUCCAUUUUUAUUUACAAUUUGUACUUUGUCCCAACUUUUUUUGAAUCGGGGUUGUACAAAUUGAACAUUAUAUAGGCUACUCUUAAUUGUCCCCAGGUGUGUGUGUGUGUGUGUGUGUGUGUGCACACAUGCUGCCUGCAAUGGUUUGGUGUCCCAUUCAGGGUGAAUUACAAUUUUCUCAGGAUAGACUCCAUAUCUACCACAGCCUUGACCAGGAUAAUGCAGUACUAAAGAUCGAUCAAUCAAUCAAUCAUCGAGCCCUCUAUUUAACAGUUAUUCCACGAAAUUGAGUCGUACAUGAGCUGAUAGCUGAUGAGGCGCGUAGUACCGAGUCAGCUAUAAGCCAUGUAUGACAAGAUUGAGUGGAAUAACUGUGUUAUUCUAUCCACAUUCACUGGAUUUCGAGAAACAGCAUUUUUUUUUUCGCAAAUUCGAUAAAUAAUAACUUUAUCCAAAACAUCCGACAAAAUCAUUUCCGCUUAGACUGGAAACAAAGCGGUGAAAUGAUAGUAGCAAUUUGUGAAAAAUGCUAUAAUAAUCAUUCUUGAAAAAAAAGUGCUCUUAUCAAAUACUUUUAUUCCAUAUUUUGUUGCUUUUUUGUAUUUUGUAAUUUUUGGGGUUUUCUUCUUGUUUGGGGUUUUUUGGCAGUUGGCAAACCAACUUAAAGUGCAUAUCAUGGGUAAAUUCAGGAGCAAGAUCAAUGUAAUUCUCCUAUUUUAUAUUAAACUUUGGUCAAAUAUCUGUCACAUUUUGCAUUUUGUGCAAUUUUUUUACCUUGCGCAAUACCAGAAAAACUCAGUUGAAAUCUCCUUCUGAAUCCUACGUCAGCGCUGGUUUGUUUAUGAGAAAACGACCUGGUGGUUUUCUGCAAAUUUCUUCAACAUUAUCAUGUAAUUAUUAAAAUGGUUAACAGAUGUAUUGUAGGAGGGUGUAGCAACACCAAUCUUGAUGGGAUUAGUACUCAUCGUUUUCCAAAAGACCGGACAAUGAGAGAGAAAUGGGAGCGCUUGGUCUACACAGGCUGUGCACUGAAACCAUGCAAAGCUCGCGCAGCCUGCUGGCGCUUCCGCAGGUAACGUCACGACUCUGACUCCAGACUCCCUUGGGAUUUUUACAGAUGCGUUUGUUAUUUUAUUUUUUUCUGCUGUAGACAGAUGGCCUUGUGCAAAAUUACCCUUCUGGAUGAGUGUGUAAAGGGACAUAUUUUCAUAUUUAAAAAAAAAGAAAUUGGUCCAGAAUAUGCACUUUAAAGGUAAAUUAACACCCGUGGUUACCAGAGGACUAGCCCCCCACUGUAACCCUAGUAAUAGGCGAGAGGCCGAGGGCUGCGGAAACGGAGAUCGGCGCCGCCCGAUGCGCCACAUGGCGUGGGAAGGACUUUAACUAACUUAACUAACUGGGCUGGAGUG